UUUCUAGCUUGCAGUCAUUGGCACAUUUAGACUUGUCACAUAAUAAACUAACAAUAUUGGACAGUGCAUUGUUCUGCAAAUUGGGAAACCUGGAAACUUUACAUUUGGCUGAAAAUAACUUGGAAACUUCACAAACUACGGAUCUUGAUGCAAUAAAGGAAUAUUGUUCGACAAUUACUAUUCAAACAACCCAACAGUCAACCAUAUCCACAACCCAAACAACUCAGCCAUCUACCCAAACAUCUCUCCAAACGACCCAUUCAUCUUUUCAAACAACCCAACAGUCAACCAUAUCCACAACCCAAACAACUCAGUCAUCUACCCAAACAUCUCUCCAAACAACCCAUUCAUCUAUUCAAACAACCCAACAGUCAACCAUAUCCACAACCCAAACAAGUCAGCCAUCUACCCAAACAUCUCUCCAAACAACCCAUUCAUCUAUUCAAACAACCCAACAGUCAACCAUAUCCACAACCCAAACAACUCUGCCAACUACCCAAAAAUCUCUCCAAACAACCCAUUUAUCUAUUCAAACAACCAAACCAUCAACCCAGGCAAUUCAGACAUCUAACCAAACAAUACAACCAUCUUCCCAAAUAACCAAACCUUCCAACCGAACAACAGCACAACCAUCUAACCAAACAACUCAACCAUCUAUCAAAACAUCUGAAUCUUCUGUUAAAUUAAACCCCUAUAAAAGGCAACAAGACAACUUUGUCAAAACUCUUUUAGUAUGUGGGAUAUUCACCCUGCUUUUGAUAAUCAUUGUAGUAAUAUCUGUCCUCAUUUAUAGAAUAUUAAAUGAAAGAAAUACUUAUCAAGUUGCAAAGCGAAAAGACAACACCAAAUCACAAAGUACAACUGAAGCAUUGACUGAAUUGGGUGACAUGACCCAAAAAUCAAUAUAGAUGAAGCUGAAGAAGAUGGAUGAAGAUGAUUUGCCCAUACGAGUGAUCCAUUUAACCGAAUAACCAGCUAUAUAUAUCCAACUUAUACUGCCAUCCACUCAAACAACACAAUCAUCAAUUAAAACAACACACUUAUAAUCUCAAACAACAUAAUCAUCAACUCAAACAACACAAACAUCUACCUAAACAACACUACGAUCUGUACAAACACUUCAUCCAUCUAUAAAAACACUAAAAGCAUAUA